CAUGUCAAUAGCUUCAUUUUUGUAGUUUUGUAGUUUUCGUCAUCUGAAAAAUUGAAAACAAUAUAAAGUGAAUUUUUUAUCAUGGAUGAUCCGGGCCGAAUGAUGGGACACACAGGGGGUGGUUUAAUGCCUCCACAACCUUACGGUAUGAAUCCGCAGGGCGAUGCCCCAUCGGGUGGUGAAAACGAACCUCGCAAGCAAGAUAUAGGCGAAAUACUUCAACAGAUUAUGAAUAUAACCGAUCAAAGCUUGGACGAAGCUCAAGCUCGUAAGCACACGCUCAAUUGCCAUCGAAUGAAGCCAGCUCUGUUCUCUGUUCUUUGUGAAAUUAAAGAGAAAACAGUUCUUUCCUUAAGAAAUACCCAAGAAGAGGAACCCCCAGAUCCACAGCUGAUGCGUUUGGAUAACAUGCUUAUCGCUGAAGGCGUCGCAGGUCCAGAAAAGGGUGGAGGUGUAGGAGCUGCUGCUUCUGCUUCUGCUGCUGCUCAAGGAGGUCAACCAGAUAAUGCAAUUGAGCAUUCAGAUUAUCGCGCUAAAUUAGGACAAAUUCGUCAAAUUUAUCAUCAGGAGUUGGAAAAAUAUGAGCAAGCUUGCAAUGAGUUUACAACACAUGUAAUGAACCUCCUAAGGGAGCAGUCCAGGACAAGACCUAUAACUCCAAAGGAAAUCGAACGAAUGGUCCAAAUUAUCCAUAAAAAGUUCAGCUCCAUUCAGAUGCAGCUGAAACAAUCCACUUGUGAAGCAGUAAUGAUUCUAAGAUCGCGCUUCCUUGACGCUCGCCGAAAACGACGCAAUUUUAGUAAACAAGCUUCAGAAAUCCUCAAUGAGUAUUUUUACUCUCAUCUCUCAAAUCCUUAUCCCAGUGAAGAAGCUAAAGAAGAAUUGGCAAGAAAAUGUGGUAUUACAGUCAGUCAGGUUUCUAAUUGGUUUGGUAACAAACGUAUUAGAUACAAGAAGAACAUAGGGAAAGCACAGGAGGAGGCGAAUUUGUAUGCUGCCAAAAAAGCAGCAGGGGCUUCGCCUUAUAGUGGAACACCGACUCCCAUGAUGUCUCCCGCUCCUCCUCAAGAUUCGAUGGGAUAUUCCAUGGGUUCCGCUUACGAGAGCUCAGCUUAUGACGCCAGCAGUUGCGGAUAUGACCCAGGUAUGCAUCAAGACUUGUCUCCUUGAAAGAGACGAUCACUGAGAGGGUGGUAUAUAUGAUUUUUUUUAAUUUCAUUUGAUCCAUUUUAAUUGUUUUGUGGCUCUUGUGAAUGUUUAGAUUUCAAUUUCACUAUUUUUUUCUUGUAGGGUUGUAAGUGACGGUGUCUACUACUUAAAAACGACCUUUUUCUAAAGGAUGAACGAGAGAUUCAUAUUUUUUGGUUUUUUAUAGCCCUAUUAGCCUAUAAACAGUCUCGUUUAUUUUUACUUAUCCUUAUAUGUACCCUCUGUAUGCAAAUAAUUGCAGAAAUUAUUAAUUUGUACCAUAGUACAUGUAAGAAUAAACGAGAAUAAAAGUUUAAAAAACCUAACGUUUAAAGAGCUGCUUUACUUAUUAACAAUGCACAGAAAUAUUACAUUUCACAUGUAAAAGUCAGUCUUAUAAUGUUGCAUUGUGUGUUCAAUUAAUUAAUUGAUAAUAGCCACAGUAUUUAAUGACCAUUUCGUUUUUAUAUUAAUUCGUGACUCUGACCGUCCAGUGAAAGUAAAGCAGAGUAAUUGCUUUUGUAAUAACUUUUUUUACUCCAUUUCUAGUCAGAGUUAUAAGAAAAAAAUUAAUUUUCAGCGAGAUCGGUGAAAGAAGAGGGUCACUUUCAGGGCUUACCAAAAUCGCCGUAUUGAGUUUAUUUUUGGACAUAAAAACAUGUAUACGAUUGCAUUGUACAGAUAGAGCAGCUAAGACCUCAGAGGGAGUGUAAUAAGAUAGAUAAUUUCUUGUAUUUUCUGUUACAAAGCUUCUAUUUUUUGUUUGUUUUUAAUCCAGAACUUCACCCAAGCAUUUUAUGUAACGUUUCUCAUUUAUUAUCAUUUACAUUAAGUUUUCGUCUUUAAAAAUUUUAAAAGGACGAGAAUUUAAAAAACAAACAAAUAUAAUAAGAAAAGGUUGUUUAGUACAGUGGCAAAGUUUUAAUAUUAAGUACAAACAAAAGUAUACUACUACUACUAGUAAACAAUUAUUGAAGUAUUAUGGAUCGUAUAAUCGUAAAAGUUAUGUACGAUUUUUGUCUUAAUUUGAGAUUAUAUAACUGACUUUUUUGAAGUUUACACAGCUAAAAAUUCAGAUUUUUUAGUAGCAACUGAUUUUCUUGUCGCAUUUAUUUGUACUUUUCGUGUUCUUGCCAUGAUUGUAAACUAUGUUUUUGAAUAAUUAUUUUUUUACGCGCUUUUAUUGGACAAAGGGGAAAGUGAAUAAUGUUCGAAUAAUAAAUCGAUUUAAUUCGCAAAAAAACUUAUUUUAUAAGUUAUAAUUAAGUAUUCAUGCAUUCUUUAUGUACUUUUCUUUUUAUCAGAUAUCGAUCAAUAAAUGAUAAAUUGUG